AUGCAGUUACGAUUUGUGGAAGCAACCAUUUCUGGUGAUGUUCGACCUCAUGGAAAACACUUAUCUGAGCUCGAAAGUGACAUGCGAUCUAUGGGAUUUGAAGACGAUCCAGUAAAAUCAUGGAAAAAUGAGGAAGCGAAUUUAUCAUAUCUGAUGAAUAUGCCGUUGAGUCGUUUGACGAUAGAAGAAGUGGAGAAACUCCAAAAUCAGGUCCAAAGUAAUCGUGAUAAGCUGAAUAAAGUAACGCAAACGUCAUGGCAGGAUUCUUGGCUAGCCGACUUGCAAGCUUUGGAAAAAAAGCGAAACAUUCGUUACGAUACGACUCCAAGUGAACAGCUACUACGUCUUCUUCGUAGAGAAGUUUUUUUCUCGAGGUUAAACUUUAUCGGAUGA